AUGACAACAAUCGUUUAUUGCCUACAAGUAUGGAGACAUUACCUUAUCGGUAAUAAUUUCACUAUUUAUAUUGACCAUGUGGUCACUAGUUGCUUGAACUCUUGA